AUGUUCUUACUUCGGCGUGCCCCACUCCGUGCCAUUCCCCGGCUGACCGCAAUCCGUCCCCAACGACGAUCACUCGGCAGCGUGAGCGCCAUCGACUCUGUCAUCUUUCGCACGCUCUUCGGGACUGAUGAAAUCCGCAAAGUCUUUGAUGAUAAGGCUUACAUCAAUCGUUGUGUCGAUGCGGAGACAGCUUUGGCAAGAGCGCAAUCAAAAUGCAAUGUCAUUCCGUCUCAUAUCGGAGAGAUUGUGACGUCGAAAGCCAGUGAGAUUUCUCUAGAUUAUGACAGACUACGCCAGGAAACUGAAAUCGUUGGUUAUCCCAUCUUCCCGCUGGUACGGCAAUUGUCCGCAUCGUGUGGGGACGAAGCUGGACGAUAUGUGCACUGGGGGGCAACAACUCAAGACAUCAUGGAUCUGGCGAGCAUUCUACAGAUGAAAGAGGGUCUUGAGAUAGUCGAACGCACGCUUCGGUCUGUCAUCAAGAACCUGGAAGAUCUAUCGAGAAAGCACCGGGACACACCCAUGGCUGGCCGCACGCAUUUACAACAUGCACUUCCCAUCACCUUUGGGCACAAAUGCGCUAUCUGGCUAUCUGGAUUUCAACGACACCUUGAACGUCUCGAGCAGCUCAAGUCUCGCGCAUUGAUGGUUCAAUUCGGGGGAGCCGCAGGUUCUUUGGCCUCUUUGGGCUCGGGCGACGAUGGGAUCCGUGUUAGGAAAGAGAUGGCCAGAGACCUUGGACUUACAGAUCCUCCAAUCACCUGGCACGUUGCGAGAGAUGGUGUUGCUGAGAUCACGAACUACCUUGCACUUGUUGGUGGUACUCUAGGCAAGCUGGGCUUGGACAUCAUCAUCAUGUCGUCAAACGAGCUGUCGGAAGUAUCGGAGCCUUUCGUGCCCCAUCGCGGUGCUUCUUCUACAAUGCCACAGAAAAGAAACCCCAUUUCAAGUGAAGUCAUCCUGGCAGCGUCAAAGAUCUUGCGAUCAAACGCAGGUUUGGUACUGGAUGGCAUGGUUUCCGACUUCGAGCGCGCGUCGGGUCCAUGGCAUCUGGAGUGGGUGGCCGUCCCGGAGAGCUUCGUCAUCGCUGUGGGCGCCCUUAACCAGGCUGACUUUGCGCUUUCGGGCCUUGUAGUGAACCCGAAGCAAAUGCUCACCAACCUCUACUCCACCAGAGGUCUCAUCGUUGCGGAGGCUGUCAUGAUGGGGCUUGCUCCACAUGUCGGUCGUCAGAAGGCGCACGAUGUCGUCUAUGAGGCAUGCAGAGAGAGCAUCGAGAACGACACUAGUUUGUUGGAGGCUCUGCAAACACGCUCUGAAAUCACUGACAAGAUUUCGAACGAAGAACUGAGCUCGUUGUGCGACGCAAAGAACUACCUCGGCUCCUGUGGGCUCAUGGUUGACGAGGUUCUGGCCGCGUCGAGAUGA